AAUAACUGAAACUAAAACACGCUUCUAACCCCACAGAGGAGGACUUGCUUGAGACGACGGCCAGUGUCAGCUCUGCUGAUUCAGACGAUUUCUUUGUCGUCAUACCGGACUGUUUCGAUGUCAGCAAGCCUCUCCUAGGCUACACACCACCUGUCAUCCAACCCCAGUAUCCUGUUCCACCACCGAUUUUGUCACAUGAUGUUAUGACCAGGUCAUCUGACAGUCACAUGACCUCGUUCAUCGUUGAAGAGCCAAAGCCCACCCUCACAAACUCCACACCCUCACAGACCACACCCCCUACGGCUCGUCGUGAGUACGUACCUCAGCGAGUCACACUCAAGAACGUGAGGGACGCUCGCAUGUAUCGUCGACCUUUCACCGUUGCCGCCGGACUCGUGAACACAAUGUCAGACUUGGUGAGCAGGAAAGUGAAAAAAUAGCUCCACCCAGAAAGCCGGAAGAAGUGGGUGUGGUCAACAGCAUGGAGGAAGACAGCAGUAGUGACGAGGAAUUCGAGGAUGCUCCCGAGCCUCCCACCACUGCCCCUCCCCCUCAGCCGUGGAAGAUCCAGCAGAUGCCGAGCGUAUCCCACCUCCUACCAGGACAUAACUCCGCUCAGUGGGUGCACAGUGAUGAGGAUGGAGCCAAGUGGGUCCAGUCACCUGAUGUCUCCCACCUCAUCCCUCAGCGCUGGGACGGACCCAAAGCCCCCAGCUCCCCGAUGGAGAAGCUCAUCUCAAUGGGGUUUGCUGACAGGGCUUUCAACGAACAAAUCCUGGCCAAACACAACAAUGACACUCCAUGGUCCUCAACGAGUUGUUGGAUGGUUACCAAGUAGACGUCUGAGCUGAAACAAUUCGUGAACUCAUUUAAAAAAAAAAAGUUUUUGUGUUGUGUUAACUAUAGCGCUAUAGCCUCCAAGAACUAUCAAUGUAUUUUAUACAAUUAUUUUAUAUAUACUGUACAUGUAUUAUAUAAUCAAGUGUAAUUAAAUUUCGAGAUAAUUCCAAAUUUUA